AUGGCUCCGCGCGGCAGCACCACAGAGACGGAGAAGCGAGGCGACACGAGACGAGACGAAGGCAGGGGGAGAGGAGGAGGGAGCAGGAUGGGCUCGCGCUGCCCUCCGAGAGCGUUCCCGGAGCGCGGAGCCCGGAGCCCGGGGGAGAGAGCGCACACACCGGGCAGGGAGGCGGAGGAGAAGCCGAGACACACAGGCGGGAAUCCGCCCCCCUGCUCUCUGGGACUCCCCGUGAGUGAGACCGAACCAGCGGGGCCGGGCUGGGUUUCCAGCUGGUUAAACCCGCUGCCCGACCCGUCCUGGCGCCGGAGCGGUCCGGUUCCAGCCCAGGGAGCCGGGCGCUCCAGACGCCCCCAGAGAAGCCCGAUUCCCCAGCAUGACUCCGGCACCCUGGGAACACGGCCCUGGAGGGCCCCUGGGGAGAGCACAGGCCGCGCCGCAAGGCGUCUCGCCGGGGCAGAGGAACCCGGUGCCAGCCGGCCCGGUCCUCUCCAGGUUUUACCUCCUGCCGCUGGGCUGCCCGUGCCGGAGGCGCCGUCGAGACGGACGUCAAGCCCACUGGCGAGUACAACCGCGCCGGGGGACGGGCGGACCUGCGGGCUGACUGAACGCCGGGGCCGAUGCGAAGGCUGUGCCCCCGGGGGUGCGCCUUCGGGGUUCUCCCUACACGGCAAAGUACUGGACUUCACACCUCACGGGCCUACGUCCACGCAGCGCCCCCCUCUGGGGGAACCCCAGCGCCAGAGGCCUGCUCCCCGGAGCAGCCCCUACAGCCCAGACCGGUCGCCCAACAGGCAGGAGACGCAGCCUCAACGCGCCUCAACACCGACCGGCCGAUCGGACUCAACUAGAGGACCAAGCAGGACCGCAGCCCACCGAGGACCCUGA